AUGACACACAUAAGAAAUAUUUAUAUCACAAUAACCACACCGUACGUGACCGCUGAAGGACACACAAAUGAAAUAUCAGAAAAAAAAUCUGAUCAUCGUUUAACUAAAAGGGAUGCUGCAAUAAUCAUCGACAGUUACCCAAUAGAACCGAUCUACAAACACAGACCCAGAGUUAUUUACAGACGAGUAUCUAAACAGAGAUAUAAGAGUCCCAAACCGAUAUACGGCCCACCCAGACAUAAGUACAGAACCAAGCCAAGAAAACCAAUUAAGAAGUAUAGAGGACCAUUGAAACCUGUAUUUGGACCGCCAAGUUACAAAUGGCGUCCAACCAAACCAAAGUACGGUCCGCCUAAGCCAACUAAGUAUAAAAAACUCAAACCAACUUAUGGGCCACCUAAAAAAGUACCGCAGGCGUAUUAUUCACCAGGAACCGCUGGAUUCGGAGAGCCUCCAACAGAAUUAAUGUUCGACUAUCAUUCAGCCAAACAAAAUUUUGCUGAACCACCCACAGAUUCAUACGGUUCACCUGUAAACGCAGCUGCUCUUAAUCCUUAUGUCCCGGAGCAAUUAUCACCACCGACCAGCUUUUCUGACACAUCGAGCAUAGACAACUUGGAAACGGACUUUGGCCAAGAUUUUAGCUCAUGGCAUAAUUUCCAAUCUGAUAAUUUCGACACCAGUGCUGCUUAUUCGAAAAAACAACAAACAUUUACAAGACCUCAAUCUUUCGAUUUAUCUGAUGAAAAUUUAGACUGGGAUUCCUACCUAAAAAAAUAUAAAAAUGAAGAUUUUGUUGAAGAAGAUGCAUUUGAGAGAAAGAAAAAACCUCAUUAUACUAGAGAAACACUUAAAAGUAAAUUACGAAGAUUAAAACCAGUUGAAACGGAAUUUGAAGAUGAAGUAGUAGUAGGAGGACGUUACGCAGAACCUCCUGCGAGACUUGUGCCAAAACACCGCCAAAGCUAUUCAAUGCUAUCUGACGAAGAUGACUUUAUACCGUAUCAAGGUUUCAUCGAUCCAGAUGUGACUGUUUCAGCGACAAGUUCGCCGUAUGUUAAUUAUAAACACAGCAACAUGGCGUUUAGUCCGCAAAACCUAAAUGAUGCAUUUAGUAUAGUUGAUUAA